AUGGAGCUGAGUUCAUUCUCUUCCAAUUUUUUGUCCACUUCUGAGAUUGUCCAUGUGGGAAGAACAAGAGCCUAUUUUUCUUUGCUCUAUGAUUUUAGCAGCGUUAGAUUCUCUAGACAACUCAACUGUUUCGGAGGGUCAUUUCUAAGAAACUAUGAAGCCUCGAAUAACAUCUACAUGGCUCAUAAAGCUGUCAUCAGUUCAGCUAGUCGAGAUAAUCUUGCGGCAGAAACGAGUUUCCAUCAUAUGAAUGGCAUAAAUGGCUCAUCUUCUAGCUUGGGUUACAGAAAUCUGAGAGUACUGGAUGCGUUUGAUGAUGUGUAUGAAGGGGUUGUAAUUGAUUCAGAGCGGUUACCAGACAGCCCUACUAGCUUUGCAGCUAUUUUGCGGUUUUCUCUUUCUCAUUGGAAAAAGAUGGUAAAACCUCUGUCCAUGUUCGGAAAGAAGGGGAUUUGGCUUAGAUUGCCUUUAGAGCAGUCUGACCUUGUUCCAAUAGCUAUUAAGGAAGGCUUUGAAUACCACCAUGCGGAACCAGGAUAUGUGAUGUUAACAUACUGGAUUCCUCAAGGACCUUGCAUGCUUCCAGCCAAUGCAUCACAUCAUGUAGGAGUUGGUGGAUUUGUCAUCAAUUACAACAAAGAGGUGCUUGUAGUCCAAGAGAAGUACUGUGCUCCUGCAAAUCGUGGUCUUUGGAAGAUACCAACUGGAUUUGUUCUUCAGUCAGAGGAGAUAUAUGCAGGAGCCGUAAGAGAAGUGAAGGAAGAAACUGGGAUUUGUACCGAGUUCAUGGAAGUCAUAGCAUUCAGACAUGCACAUAAGGUGGCAUUCGAGAAGUCAGAUUUGUUCUUCAUCUGCAUGUUAAGACCCCUGUCAGCUGAGAUCAUUGUAGAUGAUCCUGAAAUUGAAGCUGCAAAGUGGAUGCCUCUAGUUGAGUUUGUGGAGCAACCACUUAUUCAAGAAGACUCUAUGUUCAAGAAGAUCAUAGAUAUCUGCAUUGCUUGUCUUGAGAAGCGUUACUGUGGCCUAUCUGCACAUCACAUGGUUUCCAAAUUUGAUGGCAAGUCAUCUUCCGUGUACUAUAAUGUCAUCAACAUGGAAGAUGUCAACUGUAUUGGCAAUUAA